AUGUCAGCAGAAGAUGCCACAAGACACUCAUCUCGUCUAAGGCCAGGAGAGUUUCCACCACUAGUAACCGUUUCUCCUCUUAUCUCACCCCAUAAACUCACAAUCAUCGUCCUUCAUGGCCGUGGCUUCAAUGCACAGAAGUUCCACUCGCCACUUCUCACAUCUCCUUCUCCCAAUCCAUCAAUAUCGUUUCGCCAAUCGCUUCCCCAUGCUCGCUUUGUGUUCCCGACCGCGCCUCUAGCGAGGGCGACCAAGUAUCGCCGUUCACUAAUUCACCAAUGGUAUGAGGGAACUGGAGACUGGGAGCCAGAGGCGCGUGGGAACAUGCGACCGAGCAUCGAGUAUAUCCAUACAUUAUUAAAAGAUGAGAUAGAAAGGUUAAAGGGGGAUGCAGGGAAACUAGUGUUGAUUGGUUUCAGUCAAGGCGGUGCAAUGGCCUUGAUGAGUUGGUUGCUUCGGGAGGGUCAGAGUCUGGGCGCUGUGGUCAUCCUGAGUGGCUUCAUGCCCUUGGCGGAGACUUUAAUGGCUGAUGAAACAGGUGAUGAUGCCUCAGAAGACGGAUUGUUCGAAAGGGAUAGUGAAGAGGAGGCAAAAACUCCACUACAAAGGGCAAUUGACGAGCUUCGUGAAGAGGCAGAGCUUGAUCGUGCACCACCAAUGUCAUCUUUCCCUUUCUUGAAGACUCCUGUAUUCGUGGGGCAUGGUAGAAAGGACGAGGAUGUUGAGUAUUGUCACGGACUAAGUGCUGCUAAAUGCUUGGAGCGCAUGGGAGUAGAAGUCGAGUUUAAGACUUACCCGGCCUUGAAGCAUUGGUACUGUCCUGAAGAACUUGGACAUAUAACACAAUUUAUAAAUCAACAGCUAGAAUUAUAA